AUGACGCCUUCGUACUCAGCUUUGUACCAGUUCUCGUGUGACAUGUCCAAGACAUUUAUAACCACCUUCUCGGGAAAGGACAGCUCCUUUUUGCACUCUCCGUUGAACGGGUAUAAAGAGUCAGCCUCCAUCGUGAAGAAUGUCUGUAGCUACUUCGCCAAUCCAAUUCAAGUACAAAGUUCGGUGUCGUCGCAG